AUGGAGCCCCUGGACGAGUCGGGCUGGGUGCCCGUCAUGGGGGACCACAACACCUCCAGUGUGGGUUUGGGAAUGUCGGAAUGGGGCGGGAAUUUUUCCGCCAACAUAUCGGAUCAGAGCAUGCCGUUUCAGGGCAGCAGCACCAUGGUUACAGCGGUGAUUUCGUUAACAGUGUUCAUCGUCGGCUUGACGGGAAACACGCUGGCCAUCUACGUGGUUCUCCGUUAUGCCAAGAUGAAAACCGUCACCAACAUCUACAUCAUGAACCUGGCCGUCGCUGACGAACUGUACAUCUUAGGUCUGCCGUUUCUCACCACCCAGAAUGUGCUCUCCUACUGGCCGUUUGGGUCUUUCCUGUGCCGUGUUGUCAUGACGGCUGACUCCCUCAACCAGUUCACCAGUAUCUUCUGUCUAACCGUCAUGAGUAUUGACCGGUACCUAGCCGUGGUGCACCCCAUCCGCUCCACUAGGUGGCGUCGGCCGAGGGUUGCCAAGGUUGUGAGCGCAGCGGUCUGGGCCGUGUCGUUCGUGGUAGUCCUGCCCGUCGUGAUCUUCUCCGACGUCCAGGACACGUUUAACUCGUGUAACAUGAGUUGGCCAGAGCCGCAAGGCCUCUGGUCCAUGGCGUUUAUUCUCUACACAGCCAUACUGGGAUUCUUCGGCCCCUUACUGGUCAUCUGCCUGUGUUACCUUCUCAUCGUCGUCAAGGUGAAGUCGUCGGGCGCGCGGGCAGGCUUCACGAAACGACGUCGUUCGGAGCGAAAGGUCACGCGCAUGGUGGUGGUGAUCGUGGUUGUUUUCGUGCUCUGCUGGCUCCCGUUUUUCAUCAUGAACAUCGUCAACUUGGCGGUCAUCCUACCCGAAAACAGCGUGAUGGCCGGUGUCUAUUUCUUUGCCGUCAUCCUGACGUACGUCAACAGCUGCGCCAACCCCGUGCUCUACGGCUUUCUCUCCGACAACUUCAAGCAGAGCUUCCGGAAGGUCCUGUGCGUACGCAAGACUAACGGAGUGGAGGACGGAGAUCCCAGCCAACCGCGAACCGAGAAAACCAUGACCCACGAUUCUUUCCUCGCCCCGAGGAACAACGACUCAAACGGACACGUGUUACAAAGCAGCCAGGUGUGGCCUCACACCCCGCCUCCUGCCUCGGUGACCCCGCCCACACAUACGGCUGACCUCAGCCUGCACCCUGCACCCUCGGUGGCCACUCCCACCUCCGGCCAUGACCUUUGA